AUGCUCCCUUCCUCGACGGCGGCCGAGGCGGAGGCGGCCCUGGGGCGUGCCAUGUCCUAUGCAGAACGCGCGUGGUUUGGGUACUCGGCAGGGAUGCCGGACUACUACCUCUACUGCCACAUCGUCCCCAUGCUCCUCCUCGUGUACACGCUGUCGUCCCUCCGCCUCGCACUCUUCGAGCUCGGCGCUCCGUCCAUCGCCCUGCGAUACAAGCUGCAGCCCCGGGUGCAGCUCUCGCCGGCCGCCUUCCUCCGCUGCUACAUGGACACCAUGCGCGCCUUGCUGGUCACCAUUGCCCCGCUCCAUCUCCUCUCCUAUCCUGCCGUCAAGAUGGCGGGCAUCCGGACGGGGCUUCCGUUGCCGUCCGUGGGGGAGGCAGCGGCGCAGCUGGUGCUCUACUUCCUUGUGGAUGACUACAUUGGCUACUGGAUCCACCGUCUCCUGCACACCAAGUGGGGGUACGACAACAUCCACCGCGUCCACCAUGAGUACACGGCGCCAAUGGCCUUGGCCGCGCCGUACGGGCACUGGUCCGAUGUGCUCAUCCUUGGGGCACCCUCCCUUGUCGGCCCGUCCAUUGUGCCAUGUCACAUAACAACCUUCUGGCUAUGGUUGGUAAUACGCCAGAUAGAGGCCAUCGACACCCACAGCGGGUUCAAGUUCCCGUUCAAUCCGACAAUCUAUAUCCCGUUCUACGGAGGAGCAGAAUACCACGACUACCAUCACUUUGUUGGAGAGCACAGUCAGAGCAACUUCUCAUCCCUCUUCACCUUCUGUGAUUAUUUGCACGGGACGGAUAAAGGCUACAGGUACCACAUUGCAAAACUUAGUGAAGGUAUAACUGCUCUGAUAGCUAAACAUCAUCAUAACGACAUGGAGGAUAAAGGCAACACGGACGAAGACAUGGGCGAUAAAGGCAAGGAUAACAAGGACAUGGGUGAUACAGUCAAGGAACGAAAAGACAUGAAUGAUAACGACAAUGAGGAUGAACGAAUGGACAAUAAAAGAAUGGAUGGUAAAGACAUUGAUGAUAAGGACAACGAGGAUGCAGGCAAGGAUGGUAUAGACAUGGAUGGUAAAGACAUGGAUGAUGUAGGCAUGCAAGGCAAAGGAAUUGAUGAUAAAGGCAUGGGUGCUAUACAUAUAGACCUGAACGAGUAUAUGGAAUACAUACAGAUCGUGAGGAAGACUUUCAGGACUGAUGAAGAAGCCUACAUGUUCUACGUAGAGACGAUGCGAGAAAAAGGGUUUUGGUGUUACAAAGGAUAA